AUGCUCGCCGUCCGAGGAACAGCGCGCACCGCGACGCUUCUGAUUCGGACCGGGGCCAGCCCGAGCCCGACCGCGACCUCCAAGGCUCUCCGCGUCCAGCCCCGUCGCGCGCCUCCACCGCCGAUCGUGUCGCGCUGGCGUCACUUCCUCCAGACCGUCGGACGCGUCACGCUCAUCACCAUCGUCGCCGGCACCGGCACGUUCUACUACCUCGCCUACAAGGACCGCACCCCCGGCCCUCAGUUGCCGUUCGAUCCGGAGAAGAAGACCCUCGUCGUCCUCGGGACCGGAUGGGGCGCCACGAGCCUGCUCAAGAGCAUGGACACGACCGAUUACAACGUGAUCGUCGUGAGCCCGAAGAACUUCUUCCUCUUCACCCCCUUGCUUCCGAGCGUGGCGGUCGGAACGCUGAACCCUAAAUCCAUCAUCCAACCCAUUCGCCACAUCACCCGCCAUAAGCAGCGAACCGUGAACUUUAUCGAAGCCGAGGCGCAAGAGGUCGACCCCUUCAAAAAGACCGUCACGCUCUCCGAUCUCUCCGGCGUGAAGGGCGAAGUAUCGACGACGACGAUCAACUACGACUACCUCGUGUACGCCGUCGGCGCCGAGACGCAGACGUUCAACAUCCCCGGCGUGAAAGAGCACGCGUGCUUCAUGAAGGAGCUCCACGAUGCCGAGAAGGCGCAGGACCGCUUCAUCGACUGCAUCGAGUCGGCCGCGUUCCCCGGGCAGACCGAGGCCGAGAAGGACCGGCUGUUGCACAUGAUCGUGGUCGGCGGUGGGCCCACCGGCGUCGAGCUCUCCGGCGAGCUGCACGACUUCCUCGUCGAGGACCUCAGGAACUGGUACCCGGACCUCGCCCCGCGCAUGAAGAUCUCGCUCAUCGAGGCCCUGCCCUCGGUCCUGCCCACGUUCUCCAAGCAGCUGAUCGACUACACCGUGUCGACGUUCAAGGAGGCGAACAUCGACGUGCUGACGAAGACGAUGGUGAAGGAGAUCCGCGAGCGGAGCGUGGUCGUGAAGACGCCGGAGGGCACGGACGAGGAGAUCCCGUGCGGCGUCGUCGUGUGGGCGGGCGGGAACAAGCCGCGCAAGGUGUCGACGGAUCUGAUGGCCAAGUUCCCCGAGGCGCAGACUAACCGCAAUCACGAACCGGCGUCAGCCACGCGAGAGAUCCUGCGGGGGGGGGGGGGGGGGGGGGGGGGGGGGGGGGGGAUCGAAGGGAAGGGGAAGGAAGAAGGAGCGACGAAAGACGCACCGUCGACGACGAUCCCGCGUUAUCUAGAUCAGCUGAGGAUGAAGGGCACCGACGGCAUCUUCGCGAUCGGCGACUGCACCUCGACCUCGUACGCGCCCACGGCCCAGGUCGCGUCGCAGGAGGGCGCCUACCUCGCGCGCGUGCUCGCCCAGGUCGCCAAGCGCGACCAGGCCCUCGCCGAGCUCCAGAAGCUCGAGGCCACCGCCACCGCGCCCGAGGCGGAGAAGGAGAAGGAGAAGCUGAAGCGCCAGGCGGAGAAGCUGGAGAAGAUCCGGCCGUUCCAUUACUCGCACCAGGGCUCGCUCGCGUACAUCGGCAGCGACCGCGCGAUCGCGGAUCUCUCGGUCUGGCAGCGCACGUUCUCGAGCGGAGGCGCGUGGACGUACCUCUUCUGGCGGAGCGUGUACCUCAGCACGCUCUUCUCGCUCCGCAACCGGACGCUCGUCGCGACGGACUGGCUCAAGGUCAAGCUCUUUGGACGUGACGUCUCGCGCGAGUGAACCUGGUCGUUUCGUUCUCUUUUUUCCCACCUGCGUUAAAAAACGCAUUGCGUUUCGCUCAUAGACGUCUCGAGUUCGUGGUUAUAUAGACGGCCGUGGCAUAGACGAUAGAAUGGGCCGCGCGUUCCCGCGAUACCGUAGCGUACAGUAUUUAGUCUCAUAUACGGGCACUUGAAUAAUCACCAACCGUCGAUAUUACGUCGGCGGCUUAGCUGGGC